UUAACAAUAGAUACGAUGAUAUUUCCAGAGUUGCCGAUGUCCAAACUGCAGCAGAUGAUGCGUGAGCGCGACCCCGCCUACAUCAGGGAGACCAACAUCCUGACUAUAGUGGAGUUCUCGUACGUGUGCCCCUUCAAAUGCCGUCACAACCACCUCCUGUGCUACUACUGCGGCCAGAACUUCCAGGAUCCCCUCCUUCUGCGCGAGCACACAGAGAACGCGCACCAUCCGAAGAAGUUCAAAGUGACAGAGACGAAGAACGUGAUAAAGCUCGACUUGACAAGGAUCGAUUGUCGAUUGUGCGGCGCGUCAAUCGACAAUCUGGAGGAUUUCAAGAAGCACAUCACUAGUGUGCACAGAAAGAAGUAUUAUUACAACCAUAAAGAUUCGAUACUGCCGUUCCGUUUAACGAAACACGAAAUGAAGUGUGCCCUAUGUGACGUUCUGUUCCCUUAUUUCCACGCGUUAAACAAACAUAUGAACGAACAUUUCAGUAAUUAUGUAUGUGAAACAUGCGGUUUGGGCUUCGUGGACAAAGCCAGGUUCGUGAUGCACCAGCAGCGUCACGACGUUGGCGAUUUCCCGUGCGAGACCUGCGGGAAGAUAUUCAAAGCGCAGUACAACAGGGACCUACAUAUAGACAGGGUACACAACAAGAGGGGCAGGGUAUAUUGCCCCAAGUGCGACAUGAAGCUGAUGUCGUACCCGCAGAAGCUGAAGCACCUGGUGGAAGUGCAUGGGGAGGAGCCUCUGAGUUUCCCGUGCAGCAUGUGCGACAAAGUAUGCGACACGCGUCGCACGCUGACCAUACACCGGCGGAAGGACCACCUAAAGGAUUACAGAUACGAAUGCCAGUGUUGUGGCCAGAAGUUCUUCACGCGAUUCGCCUUAAAUAAUCACAUGCCCACGCACACGGGCGAGAGGAAUUACAAGUGUAAAGUGUGCGAGAAGUCGUACCCCAGGCUCAAGACCCUGAAGGACCAUAUGAGGAUACACACAAACGAUCGGAGAUAUAGAUGUCACAUUUGCGGCCAGGCGUUCAUACAGAAUUGUAGUUUGAAAGGCCAUAUGAAGAGUCAGCAUCCAGAGUAUGGAUAAGAUUAACGUAUCUGUUUAGACAUAUAAAAUCGUAUUGUGGUAUUUUUAUUAUAGAAAUUUUAAUAUAAAUUAAUUAUUUCUAGAUCUCGAUUUGAAAUAAUGUGGUUGAUUACGGGGC